AUGGUAGAUCGCUCCUGCCGCGGAGGCGCCACUAGCAAGCUCACCAACGCGGAGGUCGGCGCCUUCUACCUGACCGCCCUCGUUGCCCAGGCGCUGCGCCUCGAGGAUUACUGGGUGCACCUUGGCCAUCAGAUCGAGGUAGACCAGCACGUUGAGUUCAUUCAGUACUGCGCCAGGGAGGGCUUCGAGGCGCUCAAGACGAUGCAUCUGCUCAGCUGGUGGCGGCAGUACCGCUCGCUGGUCCGUGGCGACGCCGAUGUAUCCACAGAGACUCCCAUCGCACCGCUGCUGCUGUCUGACGGCAGCCCGCAGAGGAAUGCCCCACCGUCUCACUUCCACAGCGGCAAUGCGAGUGGUGGUAGCGCCGGUGGUGGGGAGCACGGAUCGGCCGGCGGCUCGGCCCUGUCUCACGGCAAGGAGGGCAGCGGCGGCAAGGCGUCCAAGAAGGGGCGCCGCUCGAGCGCGAUCACGACGGCGGGAGCUACGCCUAGCUCAGAGCAAGAUGUCCUUGCGGGGACCUCGACCAGCCUCUCUGCCGCCGCGCCCACGCCGCUGCUGUACGCGACGCACGCUGAGGCGCUCCAUGGCGAGCUGCAGCGAUUCGUCGAGUGGGAGCUGGAACAUGAGUGGGCGUGGCGGCAAGUACCCCGCGAGCCGGUCGUGAGCGCAGCUGUGGCCCUUACGUCACCGCGGUCGACAAGCUUGAGCAGCGGCCCUCUGCGCAGCAUCUCCGGCGUGACGGCGGCCGGAGUGGCAAAGCCGUCUCGCGCCGAGAAGGCGAAGCUGCAGCAGCUACAGCAGCAGGAGAUGGAGGCUGAGGAGCAGCGGCUGGCACGGGUGGCGGCCAUGCCCCCAGAGAACAUCUUCUUGACGAGGGACGAGCUUGAGGGCUUCUUGCAGUUUGUCGUGGAGGAGGGUCUCCUCUCGCACACUGCCCUGCACAUGUGUGUGACUUCGGACGCUCAGCAGCCUAUGAGCACCCUCUCAGGGUCGACACGCGCGCCCGUGUGCUUCUCGGUGCAGGUGGAGACGCCGAUGUCCGUACUGCCGCUGCGGGAGGCUACUCGUCUCUCUGCUCUCCAACGAAGUAGUGGCAGCGGCAACGUUUCCGCCGUGUCCGCGACACGCGAUGAGGCAGCGGGUGGCGAUGCGACCGUUGGUGACACCGGGACGCCGCAGCUGUCUCCCCGGCGGACAUCCACCUCGGGGCACGGCAAACCGGUGAGCGGGCGGCCUCGCGCGCACUCUAAGCGCGCCAUCAAAGGAGCCUCCAAGGACGCCGCCGCCGCUACCGCUGCCGAGGCCGCGGCUGCUGCCGCCUCUAAUCCCCCCACAGCACCUGAGUUGACGGCACCGCUGACAGCCAUGGAGGCCCUACGCGCGGAGCAGGCCAAGGAGGCGGCGGCGUACCGGGCCGCCUACGAGGAGGAGCUUGCGCAGACGGCAGCACAUCAGCAAGCCGAGCAGCACGCCGCCGAUGUUCACCUCUUCUUCGAGAAGCCGAGAACGAACGAGGCCGUGCAGGCGGUGUACGCAAGCAUCGAGGAUGCGUUGGCUGCGCGGCAGCAGCGCAUUCUCCAGCGUGUUGUGGCUCUGGAGCGCGCGCUUGGGCUGUCGACGCCAUCGGCAGAAAGUGGUCGGCUCGAUAGCGCUGGUGCAAACUCCGACGGCAGCGGCGCUGCUGCGGCAGCAUCACAGCCGACGACCGCACGCGAGGCGAACAGCAGCGGGGGCAGCACCCACGGGAAAAGGAAGGCGAAGUAG